CAGCUCGGUGUUAUUGCUCUGUAAGUUUGCAACCCGGGAACGAGGAUGGAUGGGCUUUGUUCGAAACCGGGGAUUCAUGGAAUGGCGCCGGCGAUCUCCGUGACUGGGCCACUGGAAUGUAGGGCUCACACGACUCAAGUGAGUGCAGGGGUUCUGUCUUCGGUGGAUCAUAGAUCGGCAUCGACGUCCUCUUCGGUUCCUUCGCAGAAGACGGCUUUUUCCAGGUUCUCGUUUCGGUACCCGUUGAUAUCUUUGUGGCCUGGUGGUGGAGAUGGGAAUAGCAAGAGGUACAACGGGAUGGCAGUUGACGAUGCCGUUUUGGUGGAGAAUAAUCACGGGGAGGCUAGGAAAGUACCGGAGGAGGACGUGGAUGGUGUGGCGACAGUGGACGGGCGGAAUGAGAAUUGGGUUUUGAAGAUUUUGCACGUCAAGUCUUUGUGGAAAGAAAGCGAGGAAGAAGAAGAGGAGGAGACCGAAGAAGAAAACAAUGGAAACGAUGUCGUCAAUGGGGAUGAAGAAAUGUGUGAAUUCUGUAGAGUUGUUGCCGACGAUGAUGAAAAUGGAAACAAGGAGAUUGAAAUUGAUAAAGAUUCCUUUUCCAAGAUGCUACUAAGGGUGUCUUUGGCUGAGGCUAAGUUGUACGCUCAAUUGUCGUACCUUGGAAACUUGGCUUACGACAUUCAAAAUAUUAAGCCUCAAAAUCUUCUAAAAUUCCGUGGUUUACGAAUGGUUACUUCAUCGAUAGAGAAGAGAGAACUGGGAAUGAAAGCCAAGAAAAAUAAUGAGAAAAUUGGUUUGUCUUCUGAAGAUCAAGAGUCAAAAAGUAAUGAAAAGGAUAAUGCAGAAGGCCAAGAGAAGAAAAAUCUUGGCCCCCGGAUCAGUUCCUCUGCUGCAUAUCAGAUAGCUGCCUCUGCUGCUGCUUAUUUGCAUUCCCAUACGAUGACCAUACUGCCUAUCAAAUCCUCAAAUCCUGAAAACAGCGAGGGUUCAUCUAAAGAUGGAAGCGGAAGUGACGGCAGUUCUGAUGUGAUAAACUCUGACGUGGCUUCUUUAAUGGCAACCACAGACUCUGUGACUGCCGUGGUUGCUGCUAAAGAAGAAGUGAAGCAAGCUGUUGCUGAUGAUUUGAACUCAACACAUUCAUCACCUUGCGAGUGGUUUAUAUGCGAUGAUGAUCAGAGUGCUACAAGGUUCUUUGUAAUUCAGGGAUCUGAGUCACUGGCAUCUUGGCAGGCAAAUCUGCUUUUUGAGCCUGUUCAGUUUGAGGGAUUCGAUGUUCUUGUGCAUAGAGGUAUAUAUGAGGUUGCUAAAGGCAUGUAUGAACAAAUGUUGCCUCAAGUGCGUUCCCUCCUAAAAUCACAUGGCAAGCGUGCAGCUUUCCGCUUCACUGGGCACUCCCUUGGUGGCAGCUUGUCGCUAUUAAUAAAUCUCAUGUUGCUUAUAAGAGGUGAAGUACCGGCUUCUUCCUUACUUCCUGUGGUGACAUUUGGAUCUCCAAGCAUCAUGUGUGGUGGUGAUGGUCUUCUUCACAAACUCGGGUUGCCACAGAGUCACGUUCAGGCAAUCACAAUGCACAGAGACAUUGUCCCCCGAGCUUUCUCUUGCAAUUAUCCUAAUCACGUUGCGGAUCUUUUAAAGGCUAUCAAUGGAAAAUUUCGCCACCUUCCUUGUCUUGAAAAUCAUAAGCUAUUGUAUGCACCAAUGGGGCAAAUUAUGAUAUUACAACCGGCUGAGAAAUUCUCUCCACAUCAUCAUCUCCUUCCUUCAGGAAUUGGUCUAUAUUGCCUGAGCUGCCAGUUGUCAGAUACUGAUGGUGAAGAAAAGCUACUAUGGGCUGCACAGAGGGUCUUCUUUAACUCUCCACAUCCACUUGAGAUCUUAAGUGACCGUUCUGCAUAUGGUUCUGAAGGAACAAUCCAAAGGGACCAUGACAUGAAUUCUUACUUGAAAUGUGUUCGAGGCGUGAUCCGUCAAGAGCUAAAACGCACGAGGAAGAUGAGGAGGGAGCAGCGGCGCAAGGUCUGGUGGCCACUCGUAUUGCCCCGUGAAAUAAAUGGUGUCGGUAUCAUUCUUGGCAGGUCUAGAGCCACAAUCAACGUAUGGCAAAAACUAUUCAACUUUGCCGGUGUUUUACAUACGGGGAGAGAAUCCUUGAAACGGUUUACUAGGUUUGUUGCAUCACAGCACAUGCACUUGCUUGUGGUUCUUUUAUUUCCUGCUAAGUUGUUUCUCGUUGGUGCAUACUGUCUGAUCAGUCUUCGCUGAUCCAUAUUUGGUAGGUCAUCUAUUGUUACCUCCUAGGAAGUUUAUACAGGUGGGAGGCAUAUGGCAUGCAGAUUCUUUAUUCAUUGAUUUAGGAAAGGAAAACAUUCAUUCUUUUUCUUUCUU